AUGCCCCGAGGACGCAGGGGCUGCUGGACAUGUCGCAUUCGACACAGAAGAUGUGACGAGUCAUCCCCUGAAUGCAAAGAGUGUAGUACGCGGAGCAUUACAUGCCAUGGAUAUGAUCUCGAUCCACCAGAAUGGAUGAGCAAUGAUCAGUUGCUGCAACAAGAGCUUCGGCGGAUCAAAGUUGCUGUCAAGGAGAAUUUCCGACGCGUCAAGACAAUUCAGAACAGACAACUUGCUCGGUCCACGGCUCAAGCAGCACAGGUUUCACGAGCCAAAGCCACUUCUCGACCCCGAGGCAAAAUUACUCAAAGUCCAGCACCAGUCGGCACAUCAACUACAAACACCAUCUUUCGCGAGGCGCAGUACUUGGUACACUACCUCGACUAUAUCUUUCCCAUUCAGUAUGCUUUCUAUGUUGAUGCGCCAGAUCAAGGAGGCAGAGGAUGGCUGUUCUUCCUUCUGGAGAGAAAUGCGCCUCUUCGGAAUGCGGCUCUGACCCUUUCUGCCUUCCAUCAACAUACCUUCUCACCCUAUCAUACGGAAAAUCAAGAAGACGAACUGUUGCAAUACCAUACCAAAGCGCUUCAGGAACUUCGACAGGUCGUUCGCCACCGAGACGUUGGAGCUUCUGCUGACAACAUUGAGGAAUGGCUCAAGUUCCUUGCAGGCGGGAUGUUCUUGAUCUCCUUCGAGGUCUUUCAAGGCGGUACAAACAAUUGGCAAGCCCACUUCAAUGCCCUCGUCUCGGUCAUCCAGGACCUGACAUCCUCCGACUUCGAUUUCGAUGCAUGCAAUCCUUCGAGCCCGGAUUUCGACUUCCAGCGGGGCAUGAACACUGCGCAAAAGUUCAUUCUGUCGAACCUUGUCUGGAUAGAUAUACUUGCGCCUCUAGCAACGGGGAUUGCACCGAGACUACCAUAUCAUGAUUGGCUCAACACUGGAAAUAUUGAUAUGUCGAGAGUCAUGGGUUGCUCAAACUGCAUCAUGAUUGCGAUCGGUGACAUGAUGUCCCUGGAUUCGAAGGCUAUAACAAUGGACAGUGGGGCUUUGCAAAUCGCCAUUGAUGACCUGGAGAAACGCAUACAUAGCGGAAUAGACGAGGCAUUAGACGAUGGAUCAAUGGUCUCUAUCCUUCCACAAGACUGCAAGCGAAUUGUCGCUAAUCAGCCCCAACAGUUAACGCCAACCAACCCCUCGGUAACCCACCUCUUCGCGACUGCGGCACUCGUGCAGCUUUACACUGUUGCCUCCGAGCACAACAUCACUUCACCAGAUCCUCACGGUGCUGUAUCACGAGUCGUCGAGGUUUUUGACAACCUGCCUCCACAUAUAUCCCUAAGAGCAACACCAUGGCCUCUGUGCGUUGCGGGUUGCAUGGCGCUUCCUCCCAAUGAGCAGUACUUUGACAAUUUGUUAACGAAGCUUAUGGACCAUGCUGAGGCGGGCUUCACAAAUUGUGAGUUUGGAGUGCAAGGCAAUCGAUGGAGAGUAUGGGUAUUUGUGCUCUUCUGA